CAUGGCAUCACGCCCGUCUGCAAUUUAAUGUGCAAUUAAAGGGAACACUGUGUAAACGAUACUCUUACAGACCUGAAAACAUGGCCAGGUUCGGAACCCAGAAGGAAGCUUCGCGGACCAAAAGCAUCAAAUUUCCGUUUCCGUUUAUUUUCCUGGGCAUCGUUUUUUACCAAAUAGUUGGUUUGCAAGUUGGACAAGCUGAAGCAUUGUGGCCUCGAGAUACUUAUGAUUAUGAUUUGUUCCUGAGCAUCGAGGGUCAUGAUUGUUUAAAAAGGUUCGUCAAUUCUUAUUCUUAUUGGACAUUCCCUGUGUUAACGUAUGAUUUCUCGUUUACACCUGAGCAAGAAAGGAAUGUUCUUCUUGACCUUUACACAUCUACAAAUGGCCAGCAAUGGUAUGACAGUGGAGGAUGGAACAGCUCAAAAUCCCACUGCUCUUGGUAUGGUAUCACCUGUUACAACAAUUCAUAUGUAAGAACCAUUGUGCUGGCUUACAACAACUUGGAUGGUGUUCUUCCUUCCAAUCUGUGGAGGAUACGCAACUUGUUGUCGCUUUGUACGCCUGGUAACCCAAGACUUCGAGGACGCAUUGGAGACUUUUUAUUUGGAAAUAUGAGCAAUCUGCUGUCGAUUGUUUUCAAUGCAGCCUCUAUAUCUGGAGAAAUCCCGAAGGACAUCGUGCAACUAAAAAAAUUGAACAAUUUUCUAGGCUGUAUAAUGGACGGGGAAGGCUUUACUGGCAACUUACCAGAAGACAUUGGGAAUAUGACAGAGUUGAGAGUGCUAUGUCUCGGAGGGAACAAAUUAACUGGUCGAAUACCUAGCAGCAUAUCCAGAUUACAAAGACUUUGGUAUCUUGACCUCCGAAACACUCCUGGUCUCAUGUGGGGAAAUCUGAAUGACCUCUUUGCAAUCCCCGCCUUAACCCAACUUUUUGCAUCAGGUAUUCGGCUAACAGGACAAUUACCAAAUACCCUGCCACCUAACCUGACCUACCUAGUUUUACCGGGGAACAACAUUUCGGGUCAUUUUUUUCAAAGCAUUCCGAAAACACAUCACGUUGAAAUUCUUAAUGUUGCCAACAAUCAGCUCACUGGAGACAUUCCUGGUGAGUUACUCAGUUAUCCGCCCUCCAUGAUUGAUUUGUCACAGAACGAGUUUUCCUCCAUAAACAACGGGAGACCAUGGUCUACCAAACCAGACAGGUGUGUAAAAUCCUUCAUUUCGCUUGCAGGAAAUAGGAAUUUAGCAAUUAAUAUUUCAAGCUUUUUGGAGCUCUUCUCGAGAAAGCCCGACUUUCAUUCUAGUCCAUCGGUUCUAAAUCUCAGUUUUUGUGAUAUUGAGGGUCCCUUACCCGCAAACGUGCUUUACUUUGAGGAUAUGUCCACGUGCGAUUUACGAGGUAACAAGUUUUACGGAGCAAUACCAGCUUUCUUUGAAGACUUUUCAUAUUUAACAUAUUUUGACAUCUCAUCAAAUAACCUGUCAGGAAGCCUUCCAGCAGGAAUUCAGAAUUUAAUCUCCCUCCAGUAUUUGGAUAUUUCUGGAAAUCCAUCCAUGCGUGAAGGAAACAGCGUAUCGACCAAUGCCUUUCGUCCAGACUUUUUAAGGAUGGUCAGACCACCUGAAGGCGACAACUUUUCAUGUCCCGAAGGACACCUAACGUUCAACAAUGGUCGCAUUCGUUUGGAUCCUGUAUUUUACGAGUACAGAUAUUGCAUUUGUGAUCCACAUUUUUAUGGAAGCCUUGGCUUAUGCAAAUCAUGUAUGGAUGGUGGAACGUGUGACCAAGUUACUGUGACGGUACAAGAAGACGUUGGUUCAAACAUCAUGAAGAUAGCUCCUGGCUAUUGGCCAUCUCCUGAUCCCAAAAAUGUUACUCAUCUCGUCAAGUGUCCAGUACCUGCUGCUUGCAAUCCACUAGCUUCCUGUACCUGCCGCCUCGACACAUCACAUAACGACGACUCUCGCUCCUCCAAUAACAAGCGUUUAGUCUCGACUCUAAUCACAAAAUGCAAUGAAUCCUGUGCCUGCCAUUCAGGAAACACUGACAGGUUCUGUUCUCGUUGUGAAGAAGGAUUUUAUAAAAUUGGCGGAUUGUGCUAUCCAUGUGUGAAAGGAGAUCUUACCUACUACUACGUGCUCAUCCCUAUCUUUGCCAUUUCUUUCCUUGUUUUGCUUUGGUCAUUUUUUUAUUUCAACUUGCGUCCUAUCAAAUGGUUUUUUGUUACAGCAGUACAUUUCCUCUUAAUGUUGAUCUUCAUGCUUUUGGAAUUUUUACCUAGUUGGGUUUUCAAAUUAAACUUGGUGGUUUUUGUUGUGUGCAUGACUAGUCGAGGAAAAGGUAUAAAGUCUCUCAUCAGCAUUGCAGUGUUUUAUAUGCAAACCAUGGAUUUUAUGAUAUCGAGCUCCAAUGUCUGGCCUGCAAAGAUCGUUGCAGCUCAGAAGUACUUGAGCAGCUACUGGAAUUUGUAUUUCCCUUCACUUUCGUGUGAUUUUCCUUCCCUUUUCAAUCCUGUUGGCAAGUUUACUUUUAUUCUUCUUCUUCCAAUUGGUUGCUUGGCACUCGUGGGUGUCUACUUUAUAGUUAUGCUAAGCUACAAUAAGGUUCGUCCCCAAGAAGGACGAAUGGAAAAUGUUCACUUUAAAUGCCGUCAAAGUGCCUUUUUCUGUUUGAGUUUCACUUACUUUCCAGUUGUAAAGCAAACUCUCUCCAUCUUACGCCCAUGCCAAAAUGACCAUGAUGUUCUUUACAUGCCAAAUUCCCCUUGGAUAGAAUGCACAUCUGUUACUUACAGAACACUGUUAGCUCUUGGUUUUGUCUCCGUUGUGUUCUACGUGAUUGGGUUUCCUUUGCUUCUCUCCUCCCUCAUGUUCUUUUUCUUUCGAAAAAGAAACAGCAUGAGCCCUGAAGAUCGUGAGAAACUUGACACAUGGCUUGGUCCUGCAUAUUUGCCUUACAAACCAAGGUAUCAGUGGUGCCUUGAGAUCGUCAUGCUUCUUCGUCGCGUUUUGCUUGCCAGUGCAUUGUCUAUGAUUUCGUCAUCUUCUACCUUACAAACCUUUGUUGUCUCGGUAAUUCUCGUUUGCUUUGCUGUUAUUCAUCUGUGUUUGCAUCCCUAUGAUGAUUCCAGUUAUAAGUUUGCUUCUGAAAACUUUUUCGAGCCUCUUGUUUUGUUGGUACUGUCCAUGUCUUUCAUCCUGUUGAAGUUCUCGGCUGUGGAAAACUUAAUGACGUAUUCAGCAGCGUAUGUUUGGGUUGUAAUGAUUGUCAAUUCCUGGACACUACUCUUUCUUGUAGGCAUAAUCUUUUACCGUCUGGCUACUUGUGGGAAUGAAGACAAAGAUGGAAAUUUCUCUGGGCACCGUCAUGUGAGUGCAAGAAAUGGUAGAAGCAGUGAUGAUGAAGAAAGAAGUAAUUUGUUGUCCGUUAACAGUGCACGGAAGAGAUACGUUGAAGUCGCUAACAUUUCUUAGGCCUUUGUCCCAACAACCCGCAAGAUUCAUUUGUGAGCGUGGUAGAUCUUUACGACUGAACACUAGAACAUCUCGCUUAAGUAUAUACUAUGCUGGUGAAGUGCUUUUCGUGCGGGCCGGUUAGCCAGUUCGGAGUGAUUAGCAAACACUAUUUUGAGUCCAACCUUUCACCAUGAAAUUUGACACUUAUAUUAAAUAAUUUUUACAUCAGUGCGUAGUUUUAAGUUUUACAGGUUUACGAUCAUUUCAAGAAUUUCAAGUUCCCUGAUUUCUUAUGCAGAAUUUAGGUUUUGAUCUGCGCCAAAUGUUUACAGAAGGUACUUAGUGGGCCAUCUGUGGGCGACCGACUGGCUGCGGGUCUAGAUGCUUUUUGCUUGCUUAUGUAAUGCCUAUAGUUUCGAAAUAUUACUUUAAAGUUGUUUUAGAUUUUAAUAAUUAUGAUAAUGACAAUAAUAAUAAUACUAAUACUAAUAAUACUAAUACUAAUACUAAUACUAAUACUAAUAAUAAUAAUGACGAUAAGUUUUCUUACUUCAAUUGUAAGCAGGCCAGGUCUGGUAAGCAGGCCAGGUCUGGAUGUGGGAAAACUAUACGCGGCACAUAGUGAAGAAUAUUCAACAGACGGCUCCAUCGAGUUUCCAUAGCUAAAUGUAAAGACAACAACGUAUAUCCUUUGGGGAAAUUAAAUACUACCAGAUUCGUACUUAACUCAUGGCGGUCUACGAGGGUCUCAAUUGGGUUAACAGUAUGCCAUAAAACGACCAAAACUUUAGCCGUUAGCCUUAAAAUCGAAAAUUUUAACCGUUUAUCGUAAAAAAAAUUAAACGUUGAAAGGAAAUUCUAGUGAUCUCAGCGGAAAAAUGGUAACCGUUGGCCGCAAAACCAUCACCCCAUUGACACCCUCUGAUACUGCAGCAAAGCACUGUAACGCAUUACCUUGUGACAUUCGUGCCGUGGUUAGCUCAAAUUGGUUGUCAAAGCAGACUGGG